ACACUCACUCCUUUCCUAUUUCUUCGCUUUGCGUGCCCUUCCUUCUUCUUCUUCUUAUCAACAACUUGCAUCAGCAAAAAGCUAUAACUACCUAAUACUAUCAUUUAAUAAAGACCCCAACUUUCUUGUGACUUCUCUCUGUUCGUUCGCUGUGAUCUCUCUGUUUCUCUCUCUUAUCCGAAAGAAUCGAUCUUUCGAAGUGGGUUCUCUUUGCUUGCUACUCUCGAUAUGGGUUCGUCUGUGGAGCAGAACAUUCUUGUCACUGGCGGUGCUGGAUUCAUCGGGACGCAUACCGUUGUUCAGCUCCUGAAGGAAGGUUUUAAGGUCUCGAUCAUCGAUAACCUCGACAACUCUGUUAUCGAAGCCGUCGACAGGGUUAGGGAGCUCGUUGGUCCUCAUCUCUCCAAGAAGCUCAACUUUACUCAGGGUGAUCUAAGAAACAAAGGUGAUAUUGAGAAACUCUUCUCCAAACAGAGGUUUGAUGCUGUGAUCCAUUUCGCGGGUCUUAAAGCUGUGGGUGAAAGUGUUGCCAACCCUCGCCGCUACUUUGACAACAACUUGGUUGGAACUAUCAAUCUUUACGAGACCAUGGCCAAGCACAACUGCAAAAACAUGGUGUUUUCAUCGUCUGCGACUGUGUAUGGACAACCUGAGAAGAUUCCAUGCAUGGAGGACUUCGAGUUGAAGGCUAUGAAUCCUUACGGUCGUACUAAGCUCUUUCUUGAAGACAUAGCUAGAGAUAUCCAGGCGGCUGAACCAGAGUGGAGAAUUGUGCUGCUGAGGUACUUCAAUCCUGUGGGAGCGCACGAGAGCGGCAGAAUUGGCGAGGAUCCAAAGGGUAUCCCCAAUAACCUCAUGCCUUACAUACAGCAAGUAGCUGUUGGACGUCUACCUGAACUCAACGUCUAUGGACAUGACUAUCCUACCGAGGAUGGUAGUGCGGUGAGGGACUACAUACAUGUGAUGGAUUUGGCUGAUGGACAUAUCGCUGCGUUAAGGAAGCUAUUUGAUGAUCCCAAGAUAGGCUGUACUGCUUACAAUCUAGGGACUGGACGGGGAACGUCUGUGUUAGAGAUGGUUGCUGCUUUUGAGAAAGCUUCUGGCAAGAAAAUACCAACCAAGCUCUGCCCGAGAAGGCCAGGAGAUGCAACUGCAGUUUAUGCUUCAACAGAGAGAGCUGAGAAAGAACUUGGCUGGAAGGCAAAGUAUGGAGUGGACGAGAUGUGCAGAGACCAGUGGAAUUGGGCAAACAACAAUCCAUGGGGUUACCAGAAGAAGCAUUGACUUUUCACUCUUUCUCUGAUUCACUCAAUAUACAAAGAAAAGUGUUAACACAUACACAAUCAUAUAGUUUGCUUUGCUUUCCAUGUAACGAACGGGUCUUGUUACUUCUAUGAAUAAAACAGCUAGUUGACCGA